UAAAAGUAAUGCUAUUUUGUCACAAAAUUCACAAAGUCGCAAUGACAAGUCAUAAAAAAAUUAUAAAAAUAGCAAAAUACAAAUAAAUAAAAUGGACAGUGUGAAACUCCGGCAAUGCUACCCAAGAUUCCGAGGAUUGAGAAGCGAUUUCUAAGUCGCAGAAGUCUGUGCCGUUCUAUCAUCAACGCGACCGAGCUGGUCGACAGCGUGGCAGCAGACAUGUACGCUGACCAAUGCCGGUGGCAGAGGACUGUUUUAGGACACACGUUCACAGUGACCGGAUCAUCAUGUCCGGAGGAAGCUGGGAGCGGCACUGUCGUCAGCGUCAUCAGGACUUGGAUACGGACACAUGAAGAGGCUCAGGUGAUGCUGGCCAGUUUGCUGGUGGUGGUGGGGCUGUGGUGGUUGGUUCGCACGGUGCUCACUUUGAUCAUCAACCUGGUGUGUCCUCUGCUUGUGGUGUUGGUGGCAGUGGUGUGUGUUCCACAACUGAGGACUCCGUUGCUGGGCCAGAAUUAUCCGGCGAUGGCUGCUCUGCUUAGAAACAUUUUGUUAAAGAUGGCGGAUAAUAUUAAGGCGUGAUUGAAACUAGAAAUUACUGUGAUGCUGAUGGAUGUACACAUGACAAUAAAAAAGUAAAAUAUU